CCCUCAUCCUCCCACCAACCAUGGGCAUCAAAGGCCUCACAGGGCUCAUAACAGAACACGCCCCAAAUGCCAUCAAGGAACACGAAAUCAAAAAUCUCUUUGGGCGCAAGGUCGCCAUCGAUGCUUCUAUGUCUAUCUACCAGUUCCUCAUCGCCGUGCGCCAGCGCGACGGAGAGAUGCUUCAGAAUGACUCGGGCGAGACGACCAGCCACCUCAUGGGAUUCUUCUACCGUACCAUACGUAUCGUGGAGAAUGGGAUAAAGCCGGCGUAUGUGUUUGAUGGAAAGCCGCCAGAGUUGAAGAAGGGCGUGUUGUCCAGGCGGCUGGCGCGACGCGAGGAGGCCAAGGAGGAAGGCGAAGAAGCCAAAGAGACUGGGACCACUGAAGAUGUGGAUAGGUUCUCGCGCAGGACGGUCAAAGUCACCAGGGAGCACAAUGAAGAGUGCAGGCGGCUCCUAGGCCUAAUGGGCAUUCCUGUGGUCGUCGCUCCGUCCGAGGCAGAAGCUCAGUGUGCAGAGCUCGCACGAGGAGGCAAGGUGUAUGCGGCAGGAUCAGAGGACAUGGACACUCUCACAUUCUCAGCGCCCAUCCUUCUUCGACACCUUACCUUUUCUGAAGCCAAGAAGCAGCCUAUUAGCGAGAUAAGUUUAAAACUUGCCCUUGAAGGACUCGACAUGGACAUGAGCCAAUUCAUAGAUCUUUGCAUUCUUCUUGGUUGUGACUACCUUGAACCGAUAAAGGGCGUGGGUCCCAAGUCUGCACUAAAGCUAAUCAGGGAGCGCGGUGAUCUGAAAACUAUCAUCAAAGACCUACGAGCAAAGCAAGCCGAGAAGGCCGACGCAGCGGCGUCCGAGGAGGAGGAGGACCCUCCCGUGGACACAUCUGACGCCGAACAGCCUGACAAUCAGGAUGAAAAGCCGAAGCCUAAACCAAAGAAAAGGGGGAAGGGGAAGGGUAGAGGCGGUAUGGUCGUUCCAGAAGAAUGGCCUUGGGAGGAGGCCAAAAAGGUAUUUGAGGAACCCGAUGUGACACCGGCUAAUGAGAUUGAGUUGGAGUGGAAGAACCCUGAUGUCGACGGUCUGGUGCAGUUUUUGGUCACAGAGAAGGGUUUCAAUGAGGAUCGUGUACGCAAGGGCACAGAGAAGCUGCAAAAAUUUUUGAAUGCCAAGCAGCAAGGACGGCUGGAUGGGUUCUUUACUGUUAAAGCAAAGGAAAAGAAGGAGCCACCGAAGAAGGGGAAGGAGAAGGACUCAAAGACAAAGGGAAAACGAAAGAACGACGACAAGGAAUCUGGAUCCAAAGGCAAGAAGGCCCGAACGAAAAAGUAGAUUUACAUUCAUUUAUUUUGUAUCUAUCUGUAUAUUUGUCACCCGCGCCAUCACAAUGUCAAAGCGAAUUGAGCAAGCUUCA